CACUUUCUCAUUCUCACAGCUUCAGAUUCAAACAUCGGAGACGUCGAAGUUAACGAAAACAGACAAACACUCCGCCGCCGGAGAAAACAUGAGGGUUUUUUCAUGGCUUUCCGACUCGGAGUCGUCGCUACGUCGUCGCCGGUCAAAAUCUCGUAAGCAUUUGGAUUCCGACAACAGCGCCGACAGCUCCACGUCAUCAUCGCCUUCUGACACGGGCAGUAGCAGUCUCCAGAGCAGCCUCUCCCUUCAGACACUCCCUUCCGUACCUUCCCUCCAGAAAAUCCCCUCCGUUAACCUAAACGACGCCGUUUCCUACUCCGUCGUCUCCUCCUUCAGGCUCCGUGAACGGAAUCUCCCCGUCUCCUGCCUCGCCGUCAACGGCGGGGUAUUCAUUUAUUCAAAUAUGAAAAGAGAGAUCAGCGUCUACGACCGCGCCAUGUGUGCCCAUCUCGACACCUUCAACGGCCAGGAUUCCUCCUCUGGAUCCGUCAAAUCGGUCGUCUUCUCCGCCGGAAAAAUCUUCACCGCUCACCAGGACGGCAAAAUCGGCGUCUGGAAGUUAACGGCGACAGGCGGCUACAAACUGUUAACGACUCUCCCCACGCUUAACGAUCGCUUGCGCCGUUUCGCGCUUCCAAAGAACUACGUGCAAGUUCGCCGUCACAGAAAACGUCUGUGGAUCGAGCACGCUGACGCCGUUACCGCCCUCGCCGUAAAUAACGGCGUGAUUUACUCCGUCUCCUGGGACAAGACCCUGAAGAUAUGGCGAGCGUCGGAUCUGCGUUGUUUGGAAUCGAUCAAAGCACACGACGACGCCGUCAACGCCGUCGCCGUCUCUUCUAAUGGCACCGUUUACACGGGAUCCGCGGACAGACGGAUCCGGGUGUGGGCGAAACCGUCUCAAACGCCAAACGCUAAACGCCACGUUUUGGUCGCGACGCUGGAGAAGCACAAAUCGGCGGUGAACGCGUUGGCGUUAAACGACGACGGAUCGGUGCUGUUCUCAGGGUCGUGUGACCGUUCUAUUCUGGUGUGGGAGAGAGAGGACAGCUCGAGUUACAUGUCGGUGACGGGAGCUCUGAGAGGGCACGAGAAGGCGAUACUGAGUUUGAUCAACGUCUCUGAUCUGCUUCUGAGUGGGUCCGCUGAUCGGACGGUCAGGAUAUGGCGACGUGGAAUCGACGGCCGUUAUAACUGUUUGUCGGUUUUGACGGGCCAUUGUAAACCCGUUAAGUCGUUGACGGCGGUGACGGAGAAAGACUCAGACGGCGUCGUUUCCAUCGUCAGCGGGAGUUUAGACGGCGAGGUUAAGCUUUGGAGGGUCUCUGUCACAAAUCCGGAUUGUUCGUUUUUCUCCAAUCUUGAUUUGUAAAAUUAAAUUAUUUUUUAUUAUUAUUGUUAUUGUUUUCAUAUAUAUUACAAGUUCUAAUGUUGUAAUUUGGAUUGAAGAAAUUAAAACCGAGUAAUUAAGCA